AUGACCUUGCAGCUAUCGCACAUCUCCCCUGUCGCUCGUGAAUCGCCAUCCUCUGUAUCUCAUACAACCGCGCAAAAGAUGAUUGCCAUUACAACCACAGCAACACCAUCGGUGAUGCACAACACUACCAUCACGAAAAGGCCGAAGCUUUCGUUACAAACGGCCGCUCUUCCUGCUACAUUCGGAAACUCGAACACGGGGCUCGUCGCUCGAUCGUGUAUAACAGCUUCGCCUACUAUUCGCAAUACAUUCAGCAAUGCUUAUGAUAUAAGGCAAACGCUAUCUGCUAUUGACUCGCCUUCACCCAGUAGAUCAGCUGGGGGUAGCGCUCGUCAUGGGUCUCCGUUUCCCUUUAGCAGCUAUCGAUCGGAUGGUAUGCCCUAUCAGCAGCCGCUCGGUGUACGAAGCAUUCUUCGCAAUUCACCUCUCAAAAAGAUGAUGCUACGUCGCUCGGUUUCUAUAUCUGCCGGCGCUAUGGCAGAGAAUCGUCGCGUGUACUUCCCCGCCAAGAAACAAGUCGGCUUCCGAAAUCAACUAGAAGAGGAGAUCAAGACCGUUCGAUUCGUGGCGCGACAUUCGGAUAUCGAUUCUGAGAGUGAACAGGAACCGGUUUCUGAGGGUGAAGAAGGCAAUAGCUCCGAGUCCUCUGACUCUGGUGACUCACAGUCAGACCACAGCUCAUCCGGAGAGGACGAUGGAGACGCACAAAACCGGCCGAUACGGAGGAAGAAACGGAAAUCCGCUCCGAGUGAGCGACAGAUCCGGGCAGCUGCGCUUCGAGAUGGUAUUGACAACGAUCGUAUUGCUGCCGCUCUUUCAGCAGUGCCCGAUUCAACCAGUCAGAAACGUCGGUGUAAAUGGCGCUGGACGCUAGGCAAUUCACCAUCAACCGAGUCGGACUCGAAGCUCGGAACCAUUCCUUCUACACAAUCACCAUCCGUACCGCCUGUGGCAUCUGAACCAGUAAUAUCAUGCGAACAGCCUAUCGCAUUCGAACGACCUGUAGCAUCUGAACCGCCUAUAGGCAACGAUACAGUCAUUUCAUGA